AUUAAUGUCACUGUCAUACUGCCACUAAAAAGGAUUUUACAUAUUCUAUACAAAAUAUAAAUUUCUUAUUUUCAGAUUUUUCCAAGUGUUUUCCAAGUUCAAUUUAUAAUUUUAAGUGUCAACAUGUCCAUUUCACCAUUUCUCCGUUCGCCGUUUACUGAUGUCACUGGAGGAAUGAUUUCUCAUCAACUAUUAGGUCGCUGUCAGCUUGAAGAAGCGCGCUACAUGGAGUGUCUAGAAGCCUAUGGCUUGGAGCGUGGGAAAGUCAAGUGCUCCCAUUUGUUUGGUGACUUCCAUGAAUGCCAAACUUUGACAAAACAAUUCAAAAGAUUUAUAGCUAUGAGAAAUGAAAGAGACAAGCAAAUAGCAGAAGGAAAACUGAAGGGAGAUAAUAAAUAUUUAAGCCCUAGGGUGGACAGUUUUUAAAAAUAAUUCAGUUACAAAUUUAUUAAUACACUUAGUUAUUUAAUAUGUAAAUAAAAACAAUGAUAAAAUUAAAAA